AUGCUCUUUAAGUAUAAUAUAUUUAUUUUAUUAUUAGGAUUAAUUGCGGGUGUUGCGUGUCGAGGUUUAAAGCCACAUCAAAUAUGCAGGCAGCUGUUCCUUAGUCGACGAGUUGUGACUGAAUCGGCAGAGUUCGAUGGUGGUGUACUGGUUGAUGAAAAUGGAGUUAUUGAAAGUAUUUUAACUCGAGACUCUGUUGAUGCUUUGCUUCAAAGUGGAGAUAGAACGAUAAAGGUGUUCGAUGGAGGGCAUUUAGCUUUGAUGGCUGGCGCUGUGGAUUCUCAUGUUCACGUGAAUGAACCAGGUCGGACGUCUUGGGAAGGUUUCGUUACUGCAACACAGGCAGCUGCUGUAGGCGGUUUUACCACUCUUCUGGAUAUGCCUUUGAACUCAAUACCUCCUACAACAACGCUAGAAAACCUCAGAAUCAAAGCAAAAGCUGCAAGGGAAGAAGUAUUUGUGGAUGUUGGCUUUUGGGGUGGUGCUAUUCCAAACAACGAAGAUGAGUACCCAAGCAUGAUAGAAGCCGGGGUCGUAGGGUUUAAAGGAUUUCUUAUAGAUAGUGGAGUUCCUGAAUUUCCUAACCUCAAGGUUGACGAUUUAGAAAAAGUAUUUGCUGCGUUUAAUGGGACCCAGACUGUUUUGGCCUUCCAUUCAGAGUUAAACGACUCAAAUAUAAGAAAUGAUUGUGAUGGCAGCGCCUUUUGUACAGAACCCUAUCUUUACGACACAUACCUCGCAACACGACCAGCCCAAAUGGAGCUUGAUGCCGUUUCCUUAAUCGCUAAAUAUAUUGGAGAGUAUGAUGUUCACGUUCACGUAGUCCACGUAUCAGCGGAAGGUGUCGUUCCAAUACUGGAGGAGGCCCGUAAACAAAGAAUUGCAAGUGGUAACAAACGUUGGCGAGGAGGUGUUACGGCGGAAACCUGCCACCAUUACCUUACCCUUGCUUCAGAACAGAUUCCACCAGGUCAUACUGAGUACAAAUGUUCCCCACCCAUCCGGAAUCAAGCCAACAAGGAAAAACUAUGGCAAUACAUCAAAGAUCACAGAUUAGAUCUGGUUGCAUCUGAUCAUUCACCAUCUGUGCGUGAAUUAAAAGGCACCAACUUUUUAACCGCGUGGGGAGGAGUAUCAUCAGUACAAUUUGGUGUUUCUUUAUUCUGGACGGAGGCGAAGGCACGCGGCUAUCCUCUUAGUACUGUGAGUCGGUAUUUGUCAUCAGGCCCUGCAUUGAUGACAGGUCUGCAGAAUAAAGGCAUGCUAAAACCGGGCUACGAUGCCGAUAUGAUUUACUUCGAUCCAGAAGCCUCUUUCGUAGUUACACCAGAAAUUAUUAUGUAUAAAAAUAAAAUCAGUCCCUAUAUGUAUAGAGUACUCCAAGGGAAAGUGAUCCAUACGUUCUUGAGAGGCCGACUCAUUGCUACUGAGGGCGAAUUGUUCAAUGGUCCCCAAGGAGAGUUGUUAAUAAACGAAGAUAUUGUUUUAAAUAAUUAG